AUGAGGCAGAGUUUCGUGGCCCAGCUUGUUCAACCAUUGCAGCGUCAAAAGUGCAACAUGUGGCCGCACGUUAUCGUGGAGAAGGAUUGGACCCUUUCUGUUGACCAGUGCUGGGCGCAGCCGUUGAAGUUUCUCAUGCAUUUCAUUGAUUUGCUGGACAUACUUCGCCAUCGUGAUCGUUUCACCCGGAUUCAGGAAGCUAGACUUCAAUUCAUCGUCAUCAAUAGCAGAAGGACGUCCACAACCUUCUUGAUCUUCAAGGUCGAAAUCGCAAUGUUGAAAUUUUUGGAACCCAAGUCAAGCCGUCUGUUUGUUAACACUUCCCUGGCCAUGUACCUCACUGAUGUUUCGAGCAGCUUGCGCUGCAUUACGUCCAACAAUGAGUUGAGGCAAAAAAAGCAGGGGGCUGACAGAAGUGAGAGCAGGAAAGCUGUACCUGGUGUCGAUGGGAAUUUGCUUUUCCACACAGGCAGUUCUGUGGCAGCAACUUGCUUACCAGGCAGCGGGGAGGAAGCAAGCACUGUCGCAAGAUGCUUAACAGCAGGAUGGGAAGAGACGGGAGCUGGCAAGGAAGAACUGGCUGCCAGGCUCCAACAAGCAGAGAUCUCUCUCCUCUCCCAUGAGGCCUAUGCGAGCUACUGGGGACAAAAUACCGAAGAGACCAACAUCUGCAGGAGAGCUGUGGGGACAGCCUUUUUCAUGGGAGACUCUGGGUGGCUGCUGAUCUGUCAGAUUGAUGGGCAUUACAAGCUAGUUGGUAUUGCAAGCUGGGGCCAUGAAAAGUGCUGUUCAGAGUCACCAGUAGUCUACAGCAGUGUUUCUGCCUACUGGAUUUCAUCAGUUGCAAACCAAAACGUUUGAUUAACUUGAACAGGAACUUUUCAGGUUUUUGUGUAUUUUUCCUCAAUAAAAGAGUUGUGGUGUAGACUGGCUAAAUGUUUAUGAUUCAGGUCACAUUCCUGCACACCCUUCCUCUUUGGAAGUUCAAACUUGAGCACUCAGCUUCAGAAACCCUCUUUUUAAUGCAGCAAAGCUUGUGGUGCUGUAGUGCUGAUAUAAAUUCUAUUCCUGAAA